GUACUUGACUACUCGCCUUCUCCUAAGCACAAAUCAAAUUUCGCACAGCAUAAGGUGGAAAUUCUCUUUUUUUUCCACACAAAUUUUCCAAUUUAAAAAAAAUCCCAUAAGAAAACUUUGCAAAUAAAAUUCAAAUUCAAUACCGGUCAUACAGCAUCUCAUAUCGAUAAUGGGCUCUUUAAAUGAACCAAAAACCGUUAAGACUUUGCCAAAAGGAAAAUAUACGCUUGUAGGCGUAGAUAUUGAUACAACCGGCAAAAGGCUUAUCGAUGAAAUUGUUCAAUUAGCAGCUUAUACACCAAAUUCACAUUUUGAACAAUACAUUAUGCCAUACAUGAAUCUUAAUCCAGCUGCAACUAAUCGACAUCAAGUUCGUGUGAUAACUAUUGGAUUUUAUCGGAUGUUAAAAUCUUUGCAAACUUUCAAGGUGAUUAAGUCUAAAUCAGAAGUAGCUGCAUUAAAAGAUUUCCUUAAUUGGCUGGAAUCGCUUAAGAAAUCUAAUCCCGAAUCCGAUGGCAUCGUAAUGAUCUAUCACGAAGAAAGAAAAUUCAUUCCUUAUAUGAUUUUGGAAUCACUUAAAAAAUACGAUCUCCUGGAGAGAUUCCAACAAACGGUCAAAGCAUUUGCAAAUGGCUUCCAUUUAGCUCAGAAAAAUGUCACGAGCACAAAUGAAGAUGGUACCAUACAGUAUUUGAGUUUGAGAAAACUCGCUAAAACUCUUUCGGGAGUUGGUGAUAAAAAUAACAACAAUGAAGAACAAGUUGUAAGCUCAUCAACAUCUACACCACCAAAAGUAGAGAAUGGAGGUGAUGCAUCUGUUUCACCAAAAACAGAAAACAACAAAAAACAGCGAAGAAAUCGUAGACGAUCAAAUAGUGAAUCUGAUUUAUUCGAUGGUAGCGCCAGUAUUCGCGCUAAAAUGACUUAUAACGUAGCACUUCGAUUGACAAAUAACAACAAUAAUAAUAAUGAUGAUGCUGAAUUAAUGCACGAAAUUAUCACACAGUAUGCCCAACCAAUCUCCUGUGAUCUAGAUGAACUAGAAAGCCAAAAUUUGAUGCUGGAACGUCAGAAUUCUUUCCGACCGGUAUUUUUGAAUUAUUUCAAGGCAACUCUACAGCAUCGUCUGCGUGCGGUCAAGUAUCGCAUUAUUUUGGCUGAGAAUGGUCAUGACUUGACUAGUUUGAAUACCAUUUGGACAGAAAAACAAAAGGAAGGUUUGGCAGAAGUUAUCCAAGCUAUCGAAGAUUUGAAGCAAGAAGACAAAACAGAUUUGAUUGAACUGUUUGAUAGUUUCUAUGAUCCAGCCAAGACAACAAUCAAACCAGUGAUUAAAUCGACUAGAAGAGCUCCGAGACGAUCGGGUGGUCGUAACAAGGAGAACCAAGCUGGAGGUGAUGCAAACAACGUUGCUGGUGAUAACAAAAUGCAACCUGACUCAACAACAAAAGAUGGUACCCCAGCGCGAAGGACCCCACGAUCACGCAGGGGUCCACGUUCUCGUAACAAUUCUAAUGCCAAAGCCAAUGGAGCAAACACAACCAUUUCAGCCACAGCUGUAGUUACACCUGUUGCAACACCAAUUGCCACACCUGUGGCAGCAGUUGUGCCAGAGAUUGCCAAGAAAAUGUAAGAAAACACAAAAUUGGAGUGGAAAAUUGAGAACAAAAAAACAAAAAAGGAGAAAUGUCGUCAUCGUAGUUUAUUAAAUUAUCAAUAUUUUGCUACUUUCGGAUUUAAAACAUUCAGAUCGUACCGAAAUUAUUCUAUGUGGAAGAAAAUAACCAAGAGUAGAAGAAAAAAUGAAGAAAAAAAAAACAACAAAAAAACUUAUGAAUUAAAAAAAAAAAAAAAACAAA